ACGAGGACGAAAAUCGCGGAUUUGUAGAGCUGCUGCUGCUGCUUCCUGUUGAUUUUAUUAUUCAUUCUUCACUCUGACUGAAAUGCACCAUUAAUAAUGACUUCAAUAUUCACCGUUGUUCUCUCGUGGGGAUUUUCUUUGUGUAUAUUUUGGAUUCAUGACGCGCGUGGAGACAUGAGCUACUCUUUCCCGGAGGAAAUGAAACGGGGAUCCGUUAUUGGAAAUAUCGCCAAGGAUCUGGGGCUUCAGACAGGUGCGCUGUCCACCAGAAGAGCCCGCAUUGACACCGAGGAGAGCGAUAAGCGUUACUGUGACAUAAACCUGGCGCAGGGAGAGCUGAUUGUGGCCGAGAGGAUUGAUCGGGAGGGGCUUUGUGGUGAAAAGGUUUCGUGCAUCUUAAAACAGGAGCUCGUUUUGGAGGAUCCUCUGGAACUGCAUCGGAUCACCCUUCAUAUUCAAGAUAUUAAUGAUAACUCUCCGGAGUUCAACGAAAACAGGAUCAGUUUAGAUAUUCAGGAGUCGGCAGACAGGGGAGCUCGCUUUGUGAUCGAGGAGGCGCACGAUGCGGAUGUAGGACAAAACGCAGUUCAGCAGUACAGCCUUGAAAAUAACGACAAUUUCAUUCUGGCUGCUAAUGGAAACACUGUGGAGCUUGUUUUAGAUAAAGAAAUUGAUCGCGAAAAGCAGAAAGAAAUGAAUUUACUGCUCACAGCUAUAGAUGGCGGAUCUCCUCGGAGAUCAGGUACAGUGAUCAUACAUGUAACUGUGCUGGAUGCUAAUGAUAACGCCCCAGUGUUCAGCCAGGCCGUCUAUGAAGCCAGUCUGCCUGAAAACUCUCCUUUAGACACAGUAGUGCUCACAGUGAGCGCAGCUGAUGCAGAUGAGGGAGUGAAUGGAGAUGUUACUUAUGAUUUUGGACGUGUUAAUGAAGAUGUGAGGAAGAAAUUCAGUAUUGACCAUAAGGUUGGAGAAAUACGUGUAACCGGUGCUGUAGACUAUGAAGAAACAGCAUCAUAUGAAAUACGUGUUAAAGCAAAAGAUGGUCUGGGGCUGUCAUCUUAUGCUCAGGUCAUUAUUUCUAUCACUGAUAUUAAUGACAACGCCCCUGUAGUCAGUCUGAAAUCCCUGACCAAUCCCAUACCAGAAGACACCCCAGCUGGAACAAAGGUGGGCAUCAUUAAUGUGCAGGACAGAGACUCAGGAAAUAACAGACAGGUGCGCUGCUCCGUUCAGCAAAACGUCCCAUUUAAGUUGGUUCCCUCUAUUAAAAACUAUUAUUCUCUGGUGACCACAGGACUGCUGGACCGUGAACUAGUUUCUGAUUACAACAUUACAAUCACUGCCACUGACGAGGGCUCUCCACCUCUGUCCUCCUCUAAAACUGUUCAGUUAUCUGUAGCUGACAUCAACGACAACCCACCUGUGUUUGAGGAACAGUCCUACAGCGCACAUGUGAGUGAAAAUAACAAACCUGGCUCCACUUUGUGCUCGGUUUCUGCUCGAGACCCCGACUGGAGACAAAACGGUACAGUGAUUUAUUCUCUGUUACCUGGUGAGGUGAACGGUGCCUCGGUGUCCUCCUAUCUAUCUGUUAACGGAGACACGGGGGUGAUCCACGCUGUCAGGUCGUUUGAUUAUGAACAGUUUAGGAGUUUUAAAGUCCACGUCCUGGCCAGGGACAACGGUUCUCCUCCACUCAGCAGCAACGUGAACGUCAGUGUGUUCAUAUCGGAUGUGAAUGACAACUCUCCUCAGAUACUGUACCCCACCCCGGAGGGCAGCUCCUUCAUGACCGAGCUGGUCCCCAAAGCUGCACACGGAGGCUCUCUGGUGUCCAAAGUGAUCGCGGUGGAUGCAGACUCUGGACAGAACGCCUGGCUGUCCUAUCACAUUGUCAAAGCCACAGAUCCUGGACUUUUCACUAUUGGUCUGCACAGCGGAGAGAUCAGGACACAGCGGGACAUUUCAGAAUCUGACAGCAUGAAACAGAACCUGAUUGUUGCAGUGAAAGAUAAUGGACAGCCCUCUCUGUCUGCCACCUGUGCCAUGUAUUUACUUAUUUCUGAUAACUUGGCUGAGGUGCCAGAACUGAAAGAUAUUUCUUAUGAUGAGAAGAACUCCAAGCUGACCUCCUAUCUGAUCAUUGCGCUGGUUUCUGUGUCCACCUUCUUUCUGACCUUCAUCAUCAUCAUCCUGGGUGUGAGGUUUUGUCGCAGGAGAAAGCCUAGACUGUUGUUUGAUGGAGCAGUAGCCAUCCCCGGAGCUUAUCUCCCUCCUAAUUAUGCAGAUGUUGACGGCACAGGAACUUUACGCAGCGCUUACAAUUAUGACGCCUACCUGACAACGGGAUCUAGAACCAGUGACUUUAAGUUUGUAUCAUCUUACAACGACAACACGCUGCCUGCUGACCAGACUCUGAAGAAAAGUCCAACAGAGUUUGUGGAUAUGUUUGGAGACAGUGAUGCUUCUCCAGAGGAGGAUUCCCACAAACCUGACUAAACACACAUCUCCUCCUUACUUGUUCUCUUUCUUUUUGUUUGUAUUUGCUUUAGAUACCGACACCAUUACAAUACCAUUGUACUUCCCAUGCGUGAAGAAAACAUGUUACAUUACAAGCUACUGUAAAAAUGGUCCUGGAGUGUUUGCUUGGCAGUCUUGGAUUGCUGCUGUUUCCGUGAUUCUUCGCUAAGCUUUGCAUGACAUGAAUAUUUAUUACCUCUGUGCUGUCUUUUUCCUGAAUUAUGCACCAUCAUGAGGCAUAUAUAUUAUUCUGUUUUAGCAUGGUGUUUCAAAUCAAAACCGUAAAGUUGUUCAAGGCAAUUUUGUGACCUAUAAAAGUUAAACAAAAGUGUACCUCCCCAGAUUGUGGAGAAAUGUGCUGGGUUUACAUUAGUGUGCAGUGGUUCAUGCAUGUGAAAGAGUGUUGUGCAGUGUAGAUGUUGAUUUUACUGCUGAAAUGUAGGUCACUUGACUCAUCUGUGAGAUUAGAUGUCUGUGUGUGGAUGGGGGGUAGAUUAUCAAUCUCUUUUUUUCUAUGUUACUGCUGCCCUUUGUAUAUCAGACUUGUUCCUAACACCUUUAUUAUUUGAAUCAAUCAUUUUAACAUAAUAUAUGUUUUCUCAUUAAAUGUUUGUUCUAUUUACA